GGGCGGGAUUUAUUUUGAACAAACUUACUAUUGCUUUCGGGUUAGGCUGCCGACUGCUGGAGAAUACUCUCUGACAUAUAUCACUGCUUCUCUUGGUUGGCAAACAAGACAGCUGUAGUUAGUGGGCGCUUCUAUGUUAGCCGCCAAUAAUGGCGGAGCGCUGGUGGCUGGUUGUCAUGCUACUUCUGGUUCCGGGCUCCAGCAGCGCUUGGGAGCUCUUAUCAUCACUGCCAUUAAGCUUAUACAACUUGUACGAGUGCGGCUUCAGAGCUGACAUAGACGCAGUGGACUGUGCUCUUGCUCGCAAUGUUUUUGGCCAGCAUUUAGCCCAGGAGCUUCUCUUUAAGUCUGUGAAAGAAUUUAUAGAAAAUGAUAACCCCAGCAAGCCCCUGGUGUUGUCCCUUCAUGGCUGGAGUGGGACUGGGAAAACGUUUGUGAGCUCUCUUCUAGUGAAACAUCUUUUCAAGGAAGGAAGCCAGAGUCGCUUUGUACAUUUCUUCUCUCCAGUCCUACAUUUCCCUCGUGUCCAGAAUUUAGAACAGUACAAGGCAGAUCUAAAAGAGUGGAUCCAGGGGAACCUCACUGCAUGUUGUCGUUCUCUUUUUGUAUUUGAGGAGAUGGAUAAAAUGCAUUCUGGCUUGAUCGAUGCCAUUGUCCCUUUUCUUGGCACAUCAUGGGUAGUUUAUGGCUCAAACUACAGAAAAGCAAUCUUCCUCUUCAUAAGCAAUGGUGGGGGAGACGAUAUUAAUGAAGUUGCAUUAGACUUUUGGAGGCAGCGAAAGGACAGGGAGGAUAUUCGCCUACAUCAUCUAGAAUCUGCUAUUUCGAAAGCAGUGUUUUCCAAUCCUAAACAUGGCUUCUGGCAGUCCCAGAUCAUCAGUCAGCAUCUCAUUGAUGUGAUAGUGCCAUUUUUGCCACUGAGGCCAAGCCAUGUGCGACAGUGUGUACGGACUGAGAUGGUGCAGCAAGGUUUGGAACCUGAAGAGGUGCUUGUUAACAGUAUAACAGACAGUAUUGUUUAUUUCCCAGAAGAUGAAAAGGUUUUCUCAUCCACAGGCUGCAAAACUGUUGCAUCCCGGAUCAAUUAUUUUGUGUGAUCUACAUCAUAAGUGCCCGGAAAUAGUUCCAUCUCAAAUCAAGCCAUGAGGGAAAAUGUACCAGAAAUCUUCCAUGGUAUAGUUUAUCUCUGCCUCCAACAACGAUAUUGUGACAGAGAACACUUUCUUGUUAAUUGUAUUUAAAUUAUACAGAACUUGAAAAAUA